AUCCGGAGCAAAGAUCUCGACCAGCAGCUUUUCUUCUCCUGAACGGGACCACCUGAACAAAACGAUGUUGCGAAGUGUCGCUGCGCUCCUGCUGCUGGCCGCGGCUCUCUGUAAUGCCGAGGAGCCGCAGAGCAAGAGCAAAGUUUGUGCCAAUGUGUUCUGUGGGGCCGGCAGAGAGUGUGCCGUCAACGAGAAGGGGGAGCCGAGCUGCCUGUGCAUAGAGAGCUGUAAGCCCCACAAGAGGUCAGUAUGUGGCAGCAAUGGUAAGACCUACAGGAACCACUGUGAGCUCCACAGAGAUGCUUGUCUCACCGGACUGAAGAUCCAAGCGGCCCAUGACGGACACUGCCGGGAAAAGAAAACCAAGCAGGCAGCUGCCAAUCCAGUGGUGUGCUACGCUGCUGAUCGCAACGAGCUGAGGAGUCGGGUCAUCCAGUGGCUGCAGACUCAGGUCGUCCCAGAUGGCUGGUUCGUAAAGGGGUCCAACUUCACUGAAAUCCUGCUGAACUACUUCAAGUCCUAUGACAACGGCGACUCUCAGCUGGACUCCUCAGAACUGCUCAGCUUCAUCCAGCACAACGACUCCAUGGUGCAGCUGCAGUCCUACGCAGACCAGGAGAGCAACAAGCUGCUCAGGAGUCUCUGUGUCGAUGCCCUCAUUGAGCUCUCUGACGAGAACGCCGACUGGAAACUGAGCUUUGACGAGUUCCUCAACUGUCUGAAACCUGGUUUCAAUCCACCAGAGAAGAAAUGUGCCUUGGAGGAUGAUUUGUACGAGGACGGAGCGGAGACCCAGGUGGAGUGUAACAGCUGCGUCUGUGCUUGUGGUAACUGGGUCUGCACCGCUAUGACCUGCAGCGGUAAAGACAAACAGGCGGCGGAAGAGGAGUCAGCAGAUGAUGGAGCGGAGAUGACGGAGGAGGAGUGGAACCUCCGUGUGGAUGAGCUCAACAAACACCAGGAGACGGUUGAGAAGAUGAAGGUCAGCACAAAAGAAGUCUAAGUAAGGACACUACAAAAGAAGAGGAUGGU